ACGACAAAGAUGGCUGCCACCAUGUGUUUUUUGCCGGUUCGGUCAACUUUUUCUCAGUUUACGUUGUUUUUAAGGAUUUCCCAGCCCUGUACUCUGUGCCAAAGGCAUCUCUCGGCAACCCAUAUACUUUAUAAAAAGAGAGAGAAGAUGAACCCUCUGGAGAAAUUCAUGAAGAAGGCAGGGAAGAAAUUCUACUAUGACGUGCCACAACUGCCCCAAAAGACUGGUGUUGAAGUCCCAGUAAAGCAGAAGGCCCAGCACACUGAGUCUAUCCGCCAGCGCGUUGUGAACACCACUCUGCACAAACACAUCACAGACCUGGUACAGGGGUGUCAGGUCAGCCAAGAGCUGGAGGAUGCACAGGUCGAGAUCACCAAGGUGUCUGUGACUCCAGACUUCCUGACAGCACGGGUGUACUGGAGAGCACCAGGAUUUGAUGAUGACAAACACAUCGAGGAAUUGUUAGACAGGUCCCGUUUUGAAUUAAGACAUAUGCUGAUACAGCUCCAUGUCAUUGGAAAAGUUCCUCCUCUAGUAUUUAUCAAAGACAAAGAGCAAGCUGUCGUUGACGAAGUAGAAAGAUUACUUGCAACUGCCGACUUUGGUCCAGAAGAAGAGGAGACAACUGAAAACCUGGAGUCUGAUGAGAAAGAGUCUGAUCUUGAGGAAGAACUGAACCUUCGAGAUAACUUCAUAGAUAGGACGCCACUUUUUGACAUUGACCAUCAUUCUCUGAACAAACAGAUUAUGCAAAAUAGGGCAAGGGCCAUGAAAUGGGACAGUCUAGCAGUGGACAUUCCAGAAAUAACCUACAGGAAAAGGCACAAGAAAAAGUUGGGCCGAGUGUAUGAGGAUCCAGGCACAGUCUUGAGAGACAUGCAAGAGGAGACUGAUUCAGACAGUGAACAGAGUUGGGAAAAUUCUGGGUAUGAAAGUGAUGAGCAUGAAAGUUCAACUGAGAAGAAGAAAUAGAAUUCUUAUAUUGGACAGUACAAAUGUUUAAUAAUGAAGUUUUUUUUUAUUGACAUGAUCU